AUGGAUCAGCAAUAAACAGAUAUUAAGGAAUUGUUGUCUCUGUAUAAUAAUGCGAUGUAGAUCAAGAAGAGAGCUGAGAAGAAAUUGAUACGAUUCACUAAUUGCCUUUCUGAAUUGGAUCGAAGAAAUUGUGGAGCAGAAAUAAUUGAGCAAAUCAAUGUUGUCAGACAAAAGAUCAAGGAAGAAAGGAAAAAUCAAGCUGAACAGACUGUCAGAAACUCAUAUGUCCAAUUGCAAAACCAGAUGGACCAAAGUAGUUUAAUGCUAAAACAAAAACUUUAAGAAAAGGAACUAUGUAUUUGUUUCAUUUGAUUGAGCAAGAACUUGAAUCUAUGGACCUGGAGCAUAAAUGUGAAUUGUAGAAACAGCAGCAAGUGAUAAAUGAUCUCAAUCUCUAAAUUGAAGAAGUCAAAGAUAGUAAUUCAUAUUCUUUAUUCAAAUAGAUAAUCAGGAUUAAAUUUUUAGUUUGACUCAGAAGAAUCAGUAACUGCUCAAUCUCAUUGAAGACUUAAACAAAUAAAUCGCUGAAUUAAAAUAAAGUAUCCCUUUAAAUGACAUUUUAGUUUUGGAACACUAUCAAAACGAAGAAUUUAAAUCCCAAUAAUUUAAUAACAGUAUUAAAAUAGUAUUAUUAAAGGUUCCAUAAGAGUAUCCCAGAACUCAUAAAUGUUGUAGAACAUCAAGAAAGUAGGAAGCCAAGAAAACAAUCAAACCACUGAAUCCAUGGAUCAAUGCUAAUUUGAAACUUUGGCUUCAGAAGUCAAAUAUCAAGAGACUUGUGAAAAUUUUGACGAAGAGAUCCUUUUGGGAUCCUCAAAUCAAUGUGCUGAGUCUAAAGGUAUUCUCCCCAUAUUCCAUUGUAGAAUUACAAUCCCCAAUCAGAAUUUAGGAUUAAUAAUCUAAUCAAAAUUAAAUUUAUGAAUUAAAUUUUACAAUUGAAGAAUUAAAAGAACAAAUUCAAAGUAUUCUUAAUCAAUAAUUUUAUCUAGAUUUACAAUAAGAGAAAUAAAAACUGAUUGACAGUCUCUAAGAAAAUGAACUUAAAUUUGAAACCUUUAAAUAGAAAAUUUAAAUAAAUGAGAACAAUUUACAGAAUCAAAUAAAUGAUCUGAUCCAAUAAAAUUAAGGUACAAAUAAUCUAAGUUCAUAUAGAACUGUUGGCUAAAGAGUAACUUCUUCAGGCCCAGAUAGAGGAUUAGAAGAAUGAAAUUAAAAAUAUAGCAAAACUUACUGAAGAUCUAUAACAGUCUCAAUAACUAUUGAAUUAAAAAGAUGUAAUCAUAUCAACACUGAAUGGAGAACAAGAAUAGUUUAAAUCUUAGAUAUAAUAAUUUGAAUAAUAAGUUGAAUUGAUUCCCAAAUUAAAGGAAGAUGUUGAUCAUCAUAAGAACGUAAUAAACGAGAAAGAUGGAGAAAUUCAAUAAUUAAAAUAACAUCUUGAAAGUGAAUAGAAUCUAAUUGUGGAAAAGUAAAAAACAAAUGAAAUCUUAAAUGAAAAGAUCAUUGAAACUCAGAAUACUUUAGAUAAAUAAAUUUAAUCGAACUCAUUAUUGUAGAAUGAUAAUCAAAGUACUUAUUUCCAUAAUUAAUAAAAUAGGUUUAAUUUAAGAAAAGUAAUUGCUUACCGAUUAAAUAGAUUAACUUAAUAAAGACAAAGAAUGUAACCAUAUUAUAAAUAUACUAGAAUAAAAAUCAGAAUUGACAAGUAAAAUAUAGGAGCUUGAAACUGAAAUUCAAAACUUAUCUGCAAAAAGAUAGGAGUAGGAUUAACAUCUUAAUGAAUAAAAUCUCCUUCUUUAAAAGUUAAAUUAAAAUGAGUCCAGUUUAACAUAACAAGUUCAAGACUUGAACUCAUAGUUGAAGGAAUUUGAAAUCAAAUACAAAGUAUUAGAAUAGGAAAAUACUAAAUAAUAAUAAGAGAUUGGAGUCUUAAAUGAGUAAAAGCAAUAAUUUGAAUCUCAAAUUGUAGAGUUGAACACGCAAUAUUAGUAAAUCUAAUAGGAUUUCAAGGAUUAUUAGAUUAAUAAGGAAGGAGUAGAGUCUGCUUUAAAUAAGGAACUUGAAUGUAAGAAUUAUUAUUAUUAAUAAUAUUAGAAACUAAAAUUUAAAAUCAAUAACUCUUAGAGGAGGUAGAUUAACUUAAAUAAAAAAUGGAGGAAUUGACUACAAUUAACAGUAGUAAGGAUUUACAAAGAGAUGAAUAGAUAAAAUUUUAAAAGUAAUUGGAAAAUCAAUAUAAAAGUAAUAGUAAAUAUAUUAUCUUAGUUCUUGAGGAUAAACUUAAGAAUGCAAAACUAUAAUCCUAAGAAGAAUGCGAUAAAAUUGCAGAGGGUUACAAGGAGGAACUCAAAUUAAUGUAGGAAUAAUUAAUGAGAAGUUCAGAAAACAUCAAGUAAUUUUCACCAGUUAGAGAACUAUCAUAAGAUGAUAAAUAUAAAGAGUAGAUCAAUAGACUCAAUGAUGAACUUAGAUUAAGCAAACUAUAAAUUGCCCAAUUCUCAACGGUUAAUAAUUAGUUAAAGUAAUAAUAAAAGGAUUUGGUAUUGAAGCUGUAAAGUAUGUUGAAACUGACUCCAGCAGCUGAUUAGGAUCUUAAUGAUUUGAUUUUGAUAAUUGAAAGCAAUCUGUCAAGUUGUCAAAGUAGUCCUGCCAGACAAUCCUCAAAGAAAACCAGCAUGAUUGAUACGACCAAGAUGCUUAUGAACAAAUCCAGAAUGUCAAUGGGUUCUAAUAGAGGAUCUGUGUUAGUGUCUUAGAAUCAGAUAUCAGACAAUGGAUACAGAAACAGUGCAAACCUCUAAGAUAAUGGGUUUAGAAGUAGUAUAAACGUGUAGAAGGUUCCAUCGAGCAGUCAAAGUAACACAGACUUGUAAAAGAUUCUGGACGAUGUUUCAGAUUAGGAUAUUGUUUAGUAAUGA